AUGUCGGAGAGGUAUUGGGAGGUGGGAGGGGGAGGAGGAGGAGGAGGGAAUGUUGGGGGAGCGGGAGCGGGGGCGGGGGCGGCGGAGGCGCAGAAAGCGGUGCCGGCGCCGUUCUUGACGAAGACGUACCAGCUGGUGGACGACCCCUCGACCGACCACGUGGUGUCGUGGGGCGACGACCGCGUCUCCACCUUCGUCGUGUGGCGGCCCCCCGAGUUCGCCCGCGACAUCCUCCCCAACUUCUUCAAGCACAACAACUUCUCCUCCUUCGUUCGCCAGCUCAACACCUACGGGUUUAGGAAGGUGGUGCCGGAGCGGUGGGAGUUCGCGAACGAGUUCUUUAGGAAGGGGGAGAAGCAUCUUCUGUGCGAGAUCCACCGGCGCAAGUCACCCGCGGCUUCUGCGUCCUCCUCCUCCUCCUCCUUCCCUUCUCCCUCCUCUCCUCACCUUUUCCCUAGUCCCCAGCACCUCCCCCUCUUCCACCACCACCACCACCUCCCCCUCCCCCCCUGGACCGACUCCCCCUCUCCUCGCCUCCUCGUCCUCGGCCCCACCCCGACCGCCUCCGCCUCCGCCUCCGCCAACGUAGGAGGAGCGGCGGCGUUGGUGGAGGAGAACGAGCGGCUGCGGCGGAGCAACGCGGCGCUGGUGGCGGAGCUGGCCCACAUGCGGAAGCUCUACAACGACAUCAUCUACUUCGUGCAGAACCACGUGCAGCCCGUGGCCCCGAGCUCCGCGGCGUCUCCGCUCGUCGCCGCCCGCGGCCUGCGCGGCCUCGUCGACCAGCGCAGGUCGGCGGCCACGAAGCCCGAGCUCAACAGCGCGAGCACCACCUCGAGCAGCUCCCUCACCAUCGCCGAUGAGCCUUCUCCGCCGCCGCCGCCGCCGCCGCCGCAGAACCAAAACGACAAUGGAGAGAGCAGCAGCGCGAGGCCGAAGCUCUUCGGAGUUCCCCUCAAUGGUUGCUCUCCUAAGAGACCUUUGAACCGGGACGAGCCCACGUCGCCCUCCACGAAGCCGCGCUUGGUUUUGGAGAACGAGGACUUGGGCUUCAACUUAAUGCCGCGUUCUCCGCUCUCCGCUUAAUUAAAACCCUACCUCGCUCUUCAUUUCUCUCCGUUCACCUGCGCCCUUCCUCUUUUCCUUUUCCUUUCCCCUCCCCCCCCCUCCGUGGUCGUUGUUCUCAAACCCUGGCUCUUAAUUAUUUUCCAUCUACGAGUUGAUCAGAGUUUAGUUUAUCCUUGCUGGUGGGAGCUAGCUAGCUAGCUGUUAGUGUAGUAAUGUACAAAACUAAUGCACGGUGGGAUUUUCAGGCUCUUUUGCAUCUCUCUUUGGUAUUUUUACCACCGCUUUA